GUUAAGCUCACCUUCAUGUGGCAGGAUAGCUCGAGGCCUUAUCUCCGGCAAGACUCGACACCUUAUGUGCGACAACCAGUUUGCAGACGAUAGUGUGGCGAAGUUACACAGUCAGGAGUACCGGCCUAAAGCACUUAUCGGGGGGUCAGACAUCGUGACUUGUGUCGAUGAUGAUGGUGAGGUUCGCUUGGGAACUAGCGAAUAUUGCUAUCUGGGCGCGAUGCGUAGUCGGAAGAAAUAUCAUGCAGCGAAGCUACCGUAGAACUUACCGUUCUCCCAGGGUGAUGCCACUGUAUCACCGCUGUAUAUACAUUUCUUCACCGACAGCUGGUUGUUGUUAUACCAGCUUGCAGCCCAAAUUCAAGACUCGUCAUUCUUAUGACACAGCGGCAAUCCUAAAAUUUGAAGUAAAUAGUAACUUCAUAACGCCCAAUGCACGCUGGGUGUCCGGCCCGUUGGAAACGAUAGAUGACAUAGCUGGGAAAAGAGUUGCAAGAACGUUGACCCGCGCCGAUGAUAACGUUGGUGAGCUAUUAAAGCCGAGAUGAACGGAAGAAUUGUAUGACGAGGGAGGUAUAUGAG